ACAGGAAACCCAACACUCAAGGUUGUGUGGCAAGAAAACUGAGAAACAGAGUAGAUUGAGGAACAACUUCCACAAUAAAGACGGCAAACAUACUCCGAAAGCCUCUAAAAGUCACAAUAUGGGACCCCGAAACUUUCUGCAUUUUUUGGUGACGUGGACCUGUGUAUUUUUCUUUUCCUGUCCCUCUGUCUGCUCAGGACAGGAUACACCAAGUAAGCUGACUGAUGUGUACUUUACCUCAAACUGUGGAUUGAGAUAUGGGUUUCAGUAGUGUAGUGGCCUAAGGACGGUAACAGUGUGUUUGAUCUUGUUUUUCAGCAUUAAGUGAAUGUUCAGGGUUCCGAUUUCUUGAUUUUCUGUUCUGAUAAAUCAAAGUGUUACAUUUUCAGAGACAUUGAAGAGGUAAUAACAUCAGAUUCACUCUGAGAAGCACAGAGAAUUUCUAUGUGUUUGAUACAUAAUUAAGUGUAGACUUUGACUUUAUUUUUCUCUCAGUGAAACCACCUCUUGUUCCAUCUCAGAUGUUGACUACUGUGUGUCUCCUCACAGAAAUACGCCUGGAGAGGACAGUCUUUGUGGCUGUCAGGGGUGAUACUGUCAUCAUUGAAGCUGACUUGCAGAUUCCAGCAAACCAAAGUAGAGACGUGUUCAAGUGCUUUGAUCCUUCAGACCAAAAGAUUGACUUCCGUGAAAUCGAUGCCACAGCUAACCAGCCUGUUAAGCUGAAACUGGAGUUCCCAAACAUGACCAGCUCUGGAGAAUACUGUUGCCAGUAUAACAUAGCAAAGGUGUACUGGUUCCUUCGACUGAGAGGUGGGUAACGAACUAAUUAGGAGACGAAAGUGAAAAUGCAGAAACCAGAUUUUUGGAGGAAAUGGCGGAAAUGUUUUCUCUGUGAACUGUGAACUUCAUCUCAUCAUUAUGCAAAAAAGUUGGAUCAGCUGAUCCCAAAGAAUUUAAGGAGUCCAAACUUCUUUGCUGCUUUUUAGUACAGACUUCCAACUUCUGUCAACAAGAUGCUGUGAUACCAUCCAAAAUUAAAAUAACAGAAGCAUUUAAAGGAUUAAAACACCUGACCAUUAUUGAUUAUCUAUGGCGUAUUUGUCAGAGCCAAAUACAUUAUAUAUAUAGACAGACUGAAACAGUUAUCAGAUCCAGCUAUCUCAGUGUUUAUGGCAGAUGUGAAUGUACAACAACUACCCAUAGAGGCUAUAGACAGAUAGAUAGAUAGAUAGAUAGAUAGAUAGAUAGAUAGAUAGAUAGAUAGAUAGAUAGAUAGAUAGAUAGAUAGAUAGAUAGAUAGAUAGAUAGAUAGAUAGAUAGAUAGAUAGAUAGAUAGAUAGUUAACUCAUGAUUUACAUGUUGCUACUCAGGUCUCUUGUCAGUCAUAACAUAUAGUAGGUCUCAUAAAUCCACUCUUGCGUCUAUAUCUGGUCAGUUUUGUCUUAAAAAAUUAAGAUGAUUGAGACCAAAAUCCAAAUUUGAUGUUUUAAUACAUGAGGGAUGAGGAACUUUCUGCGAUUUCAGUUUGGGGCAGAAACAACCAAUAGUUUUUGUAUCUUCAAAACCAUUUUUGGACUCACCAUCAAUAGUUCUGUAACACCCUUGAUAAAAGAUUUAAACUAUUUGCCUGUGUUAGUAGUUUUAUAGCCAUGUUGUUUACAUCCUGUUAAAUGUGAGUUUUUAUGUUGUACGGACCAUAUUAUCAUUGCCUAUCAAGCUAACGCAUGUAUGUUUUUAUUCAAAUGAAUCAUAGUGAAAUAUCAUACUAUCCCAAAGGUCUUUGCCAUUAAUUGAGAUUUGACUGAAAAAUUAUGAACAUCUCUCAAAAAGAAGAAAAGUGACAAUUAAAGGAAAAUCUCUGAGCUUAUUUAGAGAGAAAUUAAAUGUGUUUCUGAACCAGAAUUAAGUUAUUUUGGUUGUUUUUUUUUUUUCCUACUCAGUACAGCAACCUAAAGACUCAGGGGAUGUAUUUGGACCAUGAGUCCAAAAUAGAUUGAUGUUGACGGAGAGCUCACUUGAUUCCUGACUUUUGAAAUAUGAAUCUAAAGUAUUUUUCAGGCAGGAGAAAACUUAUCUGACAGAUGAGGAAUUCACCAGCUGCUCGAGUCUGAUACAUUCCUGAAUGGAGUGACUCUGAAUUGACGUGUGUUUUCCAGAUAAAGGCUACACUGAACCCAUCACCUGGAAUCACACAGAAGUCAUAGUGGCUAUCUUCACUGGUGUGCUGCUGGUUUUCAGUUUGGCCGGCUCUGUGUAUGUCUUCAGAGGAAAUUGGGUAAGAUAUGACCUUCUGACAACCUAGCAGAAGUCAAGAAAUGUAGUGUCCAAGUUUGAGAAAAAUGCUGAAACAGAAGUGACGAGAUGAUGAUGUAGAUCUCUUUCUGAUGCUUCAACUGAAGCUGUUAACUAACCCAAAUAUCUGACCAGCAAGUGAGGUGCUGUCGAAUGUUGUUUUUAUCUUGAUUAACGGCUUAAGUUUAAGAGCUUAUCGUGACUAAUCACAUUUUUUAUUUCAUGGUUAAAAAAUUCCAGCACAGUUUUUACAAACAAAGAAAAACAGUAUUUACCAGUGUCUUCAUUUAAAGGUCAAAUCAGUGCAAAGAAAUGUACUCUGUGACCGUAAAUUCUAUAUUAAUUGUAUAAUAAAUGUUGCACUGCCACACAAGUGCGAUCUAUACCCUUGACUAAUAGGUCAGAAACAGGUCUUGAGUGUCGUCUGUGAUGAUUUACACUCUCCAAAAUGGUGCUCAGCUGGCUUAUGUGAUGUUGUUUCCCACUGACUUGAGUCUGAUUAGUUUGUGGGUGGUGGCUCAGACUUAAAGCACUUGGGUGAUACUUUAAUUCUGUUUGGCACCAAAUGUGUAUUCCUUUAAACUUGUCAGCUGAGUCAUCUUGGAGUUUUUAAAGGGAAAUAUGACAUUCAAAAGCUCAGAGAUGUCAUUAUUUCCCUUCACAGCAACAGUAAGAAGAUGGAGCAGGGGGCUUAACUACAAUGUGUUAAAGGUGACUAAAUAGCAUGUGGUUAGAAAAGACUGAAGCAUUAAUCCAAGACCAUGAUGCUUCAAUCUUUUCUAACCACAUGCUAGACCGUGAUGCUUUAACACUGACAGCUCAAGUUCUAAGUUGGUAAAAAGGAACUAGACACUUUGGUAAUUACUUUUUAUUCUCACUUUCUUUUGUUGUGUUUCCUGUUGAGCAUCCAAGGUGUGCCUGUUUGUUUGCUGUCAGCUACUGUUGCUGUUUUUUGUUCUUUUAAGCAUUAUGUGUUGAUUUCAGAAAGGACACAUCACUGAUUGUCGUGACCCAGGCACAAAACCCGAGCAGAAUGGAGACCAAAGGAGGGCAGAGGAGAGGCAGGAAGACAAUGUGGAUGAUGUCACUGAUCCAUCUACUUCCUUUUACGCUGUGAGCACAGUUUUACCCUUCAGCACUGAGACACAUAUUUCACUUCCAUUUUUUGGACUAUAUUGUGGUUAACCUUUAUUGGUAUUUGGAUAUGUUAUGGAAACUAACACAGAAUUUUCUCAGAGUCUAGAGUGUCGGCCCAGGUCUAUUUAUGAUGUUCUGGAUCGCUCUGCUGUCAGAGAAGAACCAGACCCAGGCAAAGCUAAAACCAAGAAAAAGGAACCCAAACAAACGGUCAGAAUAAACCUCAGGUCUGCCGUCAUACUUUUGGAAAUCAAGGGGAAAAUAUGCAGACUUUAACUUUGUUUUCUUCUCCCUCUGCAGGUGGAGCAAACCACACAAAACCAGAAUGAUGGUGUAUUUGAGUCUGUCUAUGAAAAUUUUUAAAUAACAAAUAAACUUGAUUGAAUUGGUCAUGAUAUUUAUUUCAGUAAGGGGUUUUUAAAUAGUCAACUGUAACUUUGAUAGAAAAGUAUUUUAAUGGUUUUAUGUAGACAGAAAGGCCUUGAAGGGAUAUUCCAGCAUAAAAUUAAUUUAGGGUCAAACACACCGUAACACAGAGUUAGACACCCUGUCGAGAGAUGAAUGUUGCCGACCGCUUGCUUCUCUAGUUAUACCAACUCAACGAGGUGUCUAACUUGGUGUUAGGGUGUGUUUCACCCUAACUUUAUUUUGCGCUGGAAUAUCCCUUUAAUGUUACAGUUUCACUGUGUUAUUCUUUUUUGCACAAGUCAAAAUGUGACCAGAAUUUGAAGUUAAAGCUAGUUUCAAAUAAUAGCCUAUAUUUACUGUUACAGGGUUUAAUUUACUCUUUAACAAAUCUAUUAUAUAUUUUCCCGAAAUGUGAAUCUUUAAAGAUAGGAUGCAAAAAUAUUUGAAUUAUGUAAACUGCUCUAUGAAAAAUAAAAAAGACUAUUUUCCUGUGUAA